AUGCGGAAGUGGAACUGGGGUCACUUGUUUGUUAUUACUAUCAUCAACGUGCCCUCUGUUUAUGCUGCUCUGAGUGACUGCAUCAUUGGGACAAAAUCGGGUGACGACGAUAAUUGCAUGACGGUGGCCAACUUUCUCGGUGUCGAAGCAAACAAGACUCCUUACGGGCUGAUUGCUCUUUUUGUGCUGAUCUCGAUUCAGUGCGAGAUCGUCAUUGCGCCAACUUAUCCGACUGUACUUGCUAUCCUAGCCGGCGAGCAGGGUCGUGCAUCGAGCCGACGCGAAGCAAUUGUGCGCGAUUUCUACCGCCGACGAACAGAGCAGUGGUAUACAAUGAAGAAGGAGAAGAAUGCAGCUAUUCAGCGUCUAAAAAUGAUUGUUUCAAAGCUCGUUCACAAAGUUGAGGAGCUGAUGGAUAUUGCACAGGGGCUUCACCAUAACUUGCCGCCAAUGGCACCGCUUAAGCCUGUUGCUACUGAUCGAACUCAGAAUUCAGCAACACUUUCGUGGCAGAAGCCAGCAGGCAGUUGCCACAAAAUCCGCUACUACCGCAUUUCGCGACAGCAGUUUCCGUCGCUCACUUUACUUGGUGAUUUUGGAGAUAUCGUAGAGAUCCGAGGCGGGUGUUGCGAGGCUAGAAUCGAAGGCCUACGUCCAGGAACGAGUUACCAGUUCAAAGUGUGCGCUGUUUCCCGGUUGGGAGAAGGUCCGUAUAGUUCUGCCAGUGACCCCAUCGCAACGUACUCGUUAAAUCUGAGUGGCACAACGACGGCAGGUUGGAUGAAAUACCAUCGGGAAAGUCUUCCGGCACCUCGUUUUGGCUUCUUGGUUUCCUGGAUGAAGGCAAUGUAUCUUCAUCGGUACGUCGUGCUCGACUCGAGUCACUUGGUGUUUUACCAAGACGAAGAAAGAGCGCUGAUUCACCGUAGUCGAAAACACAGGAAACGUUUGAAAACUUCGUUUAAAUGGCGCGAUGUUACUUCACUUAAACUGAGUGACUCGAAGGUGCAAUUCGACGACAUGUCACCAUCGCUGUACUGCUUUGAGAUUAUUGUACACCACGCUGGUCGCCGCGGGGAUAUCAAGUAUGUGUUCCAGUCAGAGCUGACGAAGGAGUUCAACAUGUUUCUAGCGGCCAUGGCUUAUGCCGUUCCUCGCGAAUCCUUGGAUGACAGCAUCAUCAGCUGCUUAAAGGACCGUGAUCUACCAAAUCCUCUGGAUACAGCGCUACCGGAUCGUGGUGGCGAUGUCGAGUCGAACUACGAUGAAACUAAGAGCGAAUGGAGUAGUGUGACUGGGGAUGGAAGCACACUUGGUGAUCCGGAAGAUGAAGAGUUUGAGAGCAAGGGCGAAUUUUUGUGGCGAAUUCCCUUGUACAGGCUUCUGUACGAUAUCCAAAACGCUGGUUUCAAACUGGAGACGACUCCAUACGAGGAAGAUGACUUGCAUGAGCCUUCUCUGUCAGAAAUUGUGCAGCUCGUCAUCAAUAGUGUACGCAGCGAGAGCGCCAACAUCUGCUGCUUGGCCCUGAUCAUCUGCUUCACUGUACAGGCGGACUUCCUGAAUAUGGUGUAUGUCGUCUCUGCUUUUGCGAUCUUGCUUGUUGAAAACCCGCGCCCGAGUUCGCCAGUUUGGACCCACUUGCUCGCUUACUCGUGCUGCAUCAUUGGAUUGCGGUAUGUGUUUCAGCUUUCAGUUUUCUGUACAGGAAUGAGUAGCCGUGGUUAUUUCUACCCGAGCUUCGAGCCGUAUUGCACGACGGUCACCGACGCAGCCGCCAACGCCAGGUCCAUCCAACCAAUGACGCUACUUGGAUUGUACAAGUUCGACGGCAUUGCGAUUGCGAACGUUACAUCAGUGUAUGACGGUCUCCAAUGGGACUUUUAUGUCGUGCUUCUUCUGCUGUGGCAUCGGCGAGAGCUUCGAAUGCAAGGAUUCUGGAGUGUAGCCUACAGUGGAGAUGAUGUUGGCGAUCAGGCCUCAUCGCGAUAUAAGUCGGAAGUGAUGCGAGAACUGCGGUCAUCUUUUCCUUCUUCACGCGACUCGAUCGAUGACGCUUUCUCUUACGACGACCCGGGGAGCGGGAAAAAGAUCAAGCAAGCCAAAAGCUUGCGCGGUCACGAGCCUGCUUCCUGGAGCAGCAGCAGGAAACCUUUGACAGUAGGAAGGGCGUCGAUGGAUGCCGGUGUUGUUCGUGUAAACGACUCGGAACUUUGUAACGAAGUUGCGACUCAGGUGUUACAGGAAUUGCUUGAGCAAGAAAAGCUGGAGACGGACACGAAGGCAGCAUUAGUUGCACCAUUCGAUGAUAACGUUGCGCGUUCUCCCUCGUCACGUCGAUCGAACGAGUAUCUUGACCACGCGUCCGGUUCUCCUAGCGUGGGGGGAGACGAUAUUGUGUCCAAGCAGGUAGACAUGGACGCGGAUGUAUCAGAAACCGGGUUUCAUGCUGGCGCCAAGAAGUCGUGGCUUGCCGAGACGUUCCCAAAACUGCACGCGUAUUUCCAGUCCGUCAUUUGCAAGCCACCCGCUCAGUGGGAUAAGGACAUACAAGUGGCUAUCACGGGUGAAAAACCUGGUCGCGACUUCUACACUGCAUCCCUAUCCGUGCUGCUGUUAUCAUCGAUGUAUGCAGUCAUCUUCUACAAGGAACUUGGUGAGGUAGAUUCGAGCGGUACGUCUGUAGCUGAUGCAGACAGUCGAGUAUCCUCAUCGUCACUACUUUCUGGCUAUCUCGUCCUGCUGGUGUUAACGGAGCUGAUCUUUAUCAUUUGGGACCGAGUGGCUUACGUCUGCUCGUCGCUUCAGUCCAAAGUGAUCCUGCAGCAUUCGUACACGUUCGUGCUCCACUUGGCCGUAUGGUAUUUGCUUCCAAGCGUCAGCAAUAUCUACCUUCAGCGACGGCCUGCACUUGUCGCGUUUUAUCUUUUCCAGUGUGUUUACCUCUGGUUGGGUGCACUGCAAAUACGUUAUGGGUACCCGGCGUAUCUCGGCAGCCGCUACAAUCACACGAAAACUACCCGUAUGGCAGCAAUAAGCGAGACGUUGUUUGGUCUCAUGAUGCUGGCACCGUUCCUGUUUGAGAUGCGGGCUCUGCUUGACUACCUGUGCAUGAAAACGUCGUUGAGUUGGCAGCAUUGGAUUCUUUUGGAAGACACUGCGGCACAUGUGUUUGGUGUAAAGGGUAUAAUGAAAAGACGAGUCGAGGAAGCAGACGUCCUUCAAGGCAAGAGGCGCCAGCCGAUGAGGACGAAAAUCAUGUCGGCCGGUGUGAUGCUGUUAUUUCUGCUGAUCUGCCUUGUUGGCCCGCUGGCCAUGUUUAGUUCCAUCAACCCCAGCACAACUGCAAAUGACGUGACGUUGACAACCGUUAAGUUUGGUAUUGAAGAUGCGAAGGAGACGAUGAACGAAUUGUACUCAAACAGCGACAGCAACAGCCCGUCGUGCGAGGUGGACCUGAAUACGGACAGCGCAUCGACACAGUGCAUUGAGUUUCAUGUGUUUUCCAACAACGCGUGGGGGCUUUCUCCUCCACGUAUGGACCUACUCGUGGCGCAGUUGCAGUCUACGAAGACGCUCAAGUGGACAAUCACCUUUACUUUUACGCGACCCGGUCCGACCAAUGCCGAAGUGAUUUCUGCCAAAUACUCAACUAGAAUGACGGAUGAACAUCGGAUCGCACUGAUCCCAAUGAUCAAGCAAACGGUAACGGAUGGCGAGGGCACGACAUUGCUUUCUGUUCAAAUUGAUGAUUUCUUUCCUGCUGUCGUGCAGCUCACGGCAAGUAGAGGCGUGCUGAAGCGUUCUACUCAGAUGCAAUCGUUGGCAGUCAGCAAACACUCGUUGAACGGAUCUACGUGGUGGAAUAUCGAGCCUGUUGUGAGCUCAAGUGGCUCGAACUACUGCUCAGCUACUUACCCGUUCUGCAUUGUAGCAGUUUCGGAUAGAAUCGUGCAAGGACUGACGACGCUUGGCAUUAGCUCGUACGGACUCACUGCUGUGUACGUUUUUGUGGUGGUCACGGUAGGCAGUGCUGUAAAGGUAUUUUUUCGCGGCAAGCUAUUCCGGAUCCAGUAUGACGAAUUGCCGGAUCCUGGAGACGUGCUCGAGCUCAUUGAGGGAAUCUACAUCGCACGGCAUGAGCAGUAUGUGGGGCACUUGAAGGAUGAAGUACGUCUUUUCGAGACGCUCGUGCGCGUGCUGCGAUCGCCAGAGACGCUGCUUAAGGUGACAGGCGUUAAUGUGAUCCACAUCCCGACUGCAAAGGAGAAGCUCGACUAA